AAGGAAUGGUCGGGCCUAAUCGGAAAGCUGACGCGAGGGGUUGAAGGUGUGGAUUUGGUGCUGGCGCCCUUGACCAUCAACCCCGAGAGAUCUCAGGCCAUCGAUUUUUCAAAACCGUUCAAGUACCAUGGCAUCACAAUUCUCAUCAAGAGGUUGCGCAAUCCAGUCGAGAACUUCACCUUCGCCACAGUGAAGGGUUCGGCCGUGGAUAUGUUCUUCCGGCGUAAGACCGUGUCAUGGAAGCGCAUAAUUAUGACACUGCUGACCAGGGCAUCCAGGCUGUGAGAGACGGCAAUCUGCAUGCUUUCAUAUGGGAGAGCUCCCGCCUGGAAUACGAAGCUUCACAAGACUGCGAUUUGGUGACGGUCGGAGAGCUCUUCGGCCGCUCGGGUUUCGGCAUUGGAUUGCGGAAGGCCUCACCUUGGUCAGAGAAAAUAACCAUAGACAUCCUAGAACUGCAUGAGAGAGGUUUCAUGGAGAAAUUAGACAGGUCAUGGAUCUGGAAUGACCAUUCUCCAUGUCAAGAUAUCUUUGGCGAGGACUUUUCCAAGCGUCUCGGACUGAAGAACCUCGAGGGGAUCUUCCUCAUGGUAGCCGGUGGCAUCUUCACUGGGAUCGCCCUCGUCUUCAUCGAAAUAUUGUAUGACCGCUGUAAGAGCAAGCACGGCCAGGCAACCCCACAAAAUCAUAGACGGGCGAACGAUGACGACCAGUAUGACGCAGAAAAUGAAAAAGACUCAAAGGGCCUGCCACUUUCUAGUAAUAUCUCUAAUGGUCACAGGGAAAGCACGGCCUCUGAUUCCAGAUCACACAAUGUAAUGCGCAACGAAUAUGAAAGGCAUAUCCCUGACAGCAUUAGUGAUGAAAAUGGUGAAAUGACUCCGAGUCCUCACUUGUCGGGCAAUCAGGAAGUCUUCCAGGACGUUGAAGAACGCCUCAAAAAUAGUCCAAAUAUUCCAGAAGAGUGGAAGACACGCACGGCUCUCGAGUGGUUCCAGUUCUACUUGGACACACUGAAAAUGGACGCAGCCGGUGAUUCCAGCGAGGCCGUUGCUAUAUUAGAGGACUUUGUGGAAUUUGUGAAAGAAAGUGGCAUAAUAGACCUCAAAGAGCUUUAUUCUGAUGAGAUGAGUGGAAAGACUGCUGAUCCAGAACUAAACCUCGGGGAUGCCGAAAGCAUGAGUUGCAUUGAGGAGCGAUGGAAAUUCCCGGAGAAAGUUUCCUUUGAUUCUUCCCCAAAAUGCAAGACAUUUUUUGAACAUUUGCCGGAUGUUGUGGACACACUGUAGGACGAGAUUGGUUCUAUGAAGCGCGUGAAAAUGAAUAUCAAGGAACGAAGAUGUGGUCCAAAGCCCACUAUAUAUGGAUGGCCGAUUCAUGUCGCACUGGUUAGUCGUAGUAAUAAAAAAUAUCCAUAGUUAUUUCAUCCAUAUAUGCACUUUGCUUGAACUGUUCUUUUUCUAUGAAAUGAAUUUUGUUGACUGUGUUCCGAGAGAAAUAAAAAAUGACUAAGCCCCUAGUUCCUCCAGACAUUGUUCAGGGUCCUAUAUUUUCAGGGGCGAAGAAGAAGGAAAGGGAAAGAGAAAGCGAGAAAAAGGGAAAGGAAAAGGGAAAGAAAGAGGGACAUGGAA